AUGGGCUCUACAAAAGCCUUCCUACGACGAGAAGUCAAGAAAUCGGUCCGAAAGGACAGAAAGGCAUUCUACGACGGACUGGCUGAACAGAUGACCCACGCGGAUAACACCGGUUACGCACGGAAGGUGCACUCAAUUGCUAAGCAAUUUUCCAGUAAACACAGUGGACUCAGCGAGAAUAUCAAAGACUCACAGGGGCAGCUCGUGACGGACGCUAACGAGAGGAUAGAAACCUCGGCAAUGCACUUCGAACAACUGCUCAACAGACCUGCACCAGCGGAAAAUCACAUGGAAAUGAACACGGCUAAACCCUUCUCUAGCGUAGAAACGGCACCGCACUCCACACAAGAAAUCCGCGAUGCAUUAGACAAACUGAAAGCAAACAAAGCCAGAGGAAUUGACAAUAUCCUCCAUAACUUUUCAAAGAAGGAGGAAUCCCACUGCUCGAAAAGCUCACAUAACUGA